AUGGCAAUCGGUACUUCUGAUGAUUCAAAUGUUCAAACAUUUGCAUAUGAAGAAAGUUUACCUAAAUUACCAUUACCACAAUUAUCGAAAACACUACAUCAUUUGAAAAAAUCAUUGGAACCAUUAUAUUAUGCAGAUGGUUAUUAUAAACAUCCUUUGGACCCACGCACAAUUCAUGAUUUAUCUCAAUGUAUUCAAGAUUUCGAAACUUCAACUGUAGCAGAAAAAUUACAAAAUAAAUUAAAUGAAUAUCAUUCAUCUCAAUCGUCGUAUCUCGAUAAAUUACACUUAGAUAUUAAUAAUCACACUGCUGCUACCGAUAUUCAGGAUGAUAUCUUACCAAGAAAUCCAUUUUUGAUUCUAGCAGAUGACGCCGUCAAAGGGAUCGAUCAAGCUGAUAGAGCUGCCGUCUUACUACAUUCUGCUUUAAGAUUCAUAUCUGCUUUGAAAAAAAAUAUUUUACCACCUGAUGUUGCAAUGAAUCAUUCGUCAUCUAAAAAGAAUAAAAAUUUAGAGGAUUCAGUGGCUCAUCUUUCAAUGUAUCCUUAUAGGAAUUUAUUCGGUACCACUCGUGCUCCCGUUUUCCAAAAUGGUGAAGUCGAAACUUUUGAUUUACAAAAACCUUACACUAUUUCAGAUUUAGAAAAUGAUGAGGAUGAUGACCAGGAAGAACAAGAACAGUACUCUUCAAAGGAAGGUAGUACGGAAAGUACUAAUAGUGCAAAGGAUUGUUUUACACGUAAUGGUAUUACUAUUGCACGUUAUCCUGAAUCUCGUCAUAUUGUCAUUAUUUCAAAAGGUCAAUAUUAUACAGUCGAUGUUCUGGAUGAUGAUAAUGAUGUCUUAUACACAUCGAAUGAAUUCACAAGUUUUUGUAAUUAUAUUAUAAAGGAUUCAGAAAAGUCUUAUAAUUUUAGAGCUUCAACUGCUUUAGGUUCUUUAACAUCUCAUAGUUUUAAAAAUUGGAAAUAUGCAAGAAAGAGGCUUCAAAAGAGAUACCCUGAAGAAUUACAUUUGAUCGAUUCUGCUUUAUUUGUCCUUGUAUUAGAUGAAUCUGAUGAAUCAGAUUUAAUGAAUACCGACCCCGAGGUAAUCAAUUCUAUUGUUCAUGAUUAUGAUUAUAAACCAAUUAAUAAAAAUGUAAAUCAAGAAUCUUCAAUUAAUUGUAAAAGAUUGUUUUACGGUACUUCGAUUAUUGAUAGUAAAGGCCAUCAAAUUGGAUCCUGUGUCUCAAGAUGGUAUGAUAAAUUGCAACUUGUUGUCACUAAAGAUUCAAAAGCCGCCGUGAUUUGGGAUUCAUUCACUUGUGAUGGAUCAGCGGUAUUAAGAUUCACUUCAGAGACUUAUACUGAAUCUAUCCUUAGACUAGCUAAAGAAGUCAAUGCAGGUGAUCCAGAGUUUUCAUUAUGGCCUACCGUAAAACAAUCCUCGAUUCCAAAUGAUUUAAUUAGAAAGGAUAAGAGAACAAUGACUUUAGAUGAAGCACAGAUUAAAAAUAUCGUCUUUAAGAUUGAUUGGUCAUUUAGUAAUAUCUUAAAUACUCAUGUUCAUUUAUCUGAAACAAAAUUAGCAGAUUUGAUCUCUAAACAUGAUAUUAUUCAUGCUUCUGUACCAUUUGGUCGUAGAUCUGCAUUAAGGUUAGGUAUUCAACCAGAUUCAAUGAUCCAAGUUGCUUUACAGAUUGCGCACUAUUCAUUAUAUGGAAAAAUGGUCUUUUCAUUGGAACCAAUCUCUACAAGAAGAUUUAGAAAUUCAAGAUCUUCUUUCAUUAAUGUACAAACACAAGAAUUAUUAGAAUUAUGCCAAUUGUUUAUUUCUAAUUCAAUCGAUGGUCCAGGAAAAUUAGAGAAAUUCUUGAAUACUUGUGAUUCUCAUAGUUCAAAUAUUAAAAAAGCAAAAUCCGGUUCAAGUUACGAAAAGCAUUUUAAUGCAUUGAAAUAUUUAUAUAAAUUCCAUGAUCAUUAUGGAAUUGAGUUGGAUGCAGAAGAUGAAAAAAUUGCAACUAAUUUAUUCGACAAUAGUAUCAUAGCUCCAUUCUCACAACCAGAAUUAAUCGUAGCUAAUUGUGGCAAUAGUGCCACUACCACGUUUGGUAUUACUCCAGUGGUACCACAAGGGUUCGGUAUAGGUUAUAUCAUUAAUGAUGAUCAAUGCGAUAUCACUGUGACCUCACAAUUCAGACAAGGUGACAGACUAAUGUUUAUGUUGGUAUGGGUGCUUCAUGAAAUCCGUUCAUAUUGGAAAGAAGCAAGAACUUUGGAUCAAAGUAGAACAGGGGUGAAAAUUAGUCCCGGAGUAGAUAGAUUGUAUCAAAUGGAUAACGCCGUCAAGAGUAAAAUAGAUGGCCAAAGCUCGAAUGAAAAUAGUCCCUCCCCAUCCUCUACUCAAUUGAACAAUUUGCCUCAAGGUAGAAAACUUCAUCAUGGACACCAACAUCCAAAUAGUGGAUUUAGAUUCUUUGAUAUCGAUUCUCAUAUCGAUAGUAGAGGUACGUCUGUGACACCACCAAUUGUGAAUGGGAAUAGAGUGCUUAUGGCUCAAGGGGACCCGCUACGUGGCCAAUUGGAUGGAUCUAGUGGUAAAUUAUCUGCAAAAUUGGCAGCUUUGUCAGUGAACAAUACAAAUUAUAACUCUUCUCAGUCAUUAUCGGCAUUGACUGCUUCAGAGAAAUUAAACACAGGUUCCGAAAUUCCACAGAUUCAACCUAACCAUACAGCUGAUUCAUCAGAUUUUGAUGGAGAAAGUAUUCGUGCACAAUCGAAUGGAUACUCUAUCGAUAGUGAUUCCGCCAAUGGUUCAAGACCUGACUCUAAAAAAGGUAACGUCAUUAACUCUAAAUUUGAAAUCGAUUUUGAUCGUGCUGAUGUCGGCAGAAAAGUCUCGACAUACGAAUAA